AUGUUUCGCUAUUGGUUCGGUAUAUUGAGUGCCAUUUAUUUGGCGGGACAUUGCAAUGCAAACUACUGUCGGGACGCGAACUUGUGCUGUCCCGGACGUGAUAGCUCGUGCGUGGUACAAAAGGCCCAUCAGAACGCGAUAAUAGAGGACUUGACGGAUAAACCGUGUUAUUGUGACCACGCUUGCUUGAAAUUGGGUGAUUGCUGUCCCGAUUUUAGGGAGACAUGUGGAGUGUUAGAUUGCGUGGUGUCAGGAUGGGGCGAGUGGUCAGAUUGUGACACGGCAUGCGGGUCUGGCAGUAUGGUGAGGAGCCGAAAGGUCAUACAAGCGCCUGCGCACGGUGGUCACCACUGUCCAUCGCUCGUGCAACGUCGGGCAUGUCAAGCGCACCAUGGAUGUCAACCGGAUAGCGAUGUUCCUUUAAGAGAGGAAUCAGCCAUGAUUCUGCCAGGAGGACUGUCGGUGAGCCGCCAUUCGAAUGAGACCGUCGACAUCAGAAAGAAUUUGCGAUUGCGCAACCCAGACGAUCCAGAAUCCAACUCACAUAGAGAAUACUGUGUGCAGUACGAAGUGACCAAAGUGUCAAAAGCAUGUCACACCGAUUCCGAUUACAAGCCAUUACGUGAAGGUAGUACAGUUUGCGUGAUGUGCGAAGCAGCAGCUCUUCGACGUGACCUCAACUGGCGGUGCGGUGGUCACGGCGUGAGUGGUCACAGCACGCGCUUCUACGCGCUGGUUGCACCACACUGUCAUGGGAAGUGGAUACGCGCCAAGGAAAACCCGGAUAGAAAGAGCGAUUGCUGUUCUAAUCCUGAUUUUAUUUUCGUAUAAGAUAGUUUGUAGAAUUAUGUACGAUGUAAU